AUGGAUGAUUUGCCAUAUGUGAGAGCUCAACCAAAAAUGCGCAAGAAAGAUUAUCCAUUAAGAAUACUUACAUGCACAAGAUCUACAAUUCUCUCUGGUGUCUCUAAAUAUGUUUAUUCAUUUAUUGAACAACUAAGAGAAACUGUAGAAAAUUGUCUUAAAAAUACUAAACAUCUAAUUGAACAACUAUCACAAAUUACACUUGAUCAUGAUCAUAGAUUGGUAAGUAUUGGUGUGGUGGACAUGUUUACUAAUGUCCCUGUUUCCCAGGCAAUAGCAAUUGUUUUACAACGAAUUGGCUCGUCUGAGAAAUUUUGUCAGACAAAUUUGACAAAAUCAGAUUUACGUGAAUUAUCGAAAUUAUGUCUUAAGAACGGCUAUUUCACUUUUAAUGGUAGAUUCUACCACCAAAAGAAUGGAUUACCGAUGGGUAAUAUUCUAUCUGGUCUAAUAGCAGAUAUCUAUUUACAUGAUCAUCUUCAACAGCAACUAAAAGAAAUACAAGAUAAAAACUGGCGUUGUGUUGAUGAUAUGUUAGUAGUAACCAAAAUGUCAGAACCUAAAGUUGAAGAAUAUAUGAAGAAAAUUAAUUAUACUAAACAUAAGAUUAAAUUCACACAUGAAUAUGAAAAGAAUAAUCAAUUGAAUUACCUUGAUAGAACACUAACAAAAAAUACAACAACAAACAAGAUUGACAUUCAAUGGGAACGGGAAGAUACCGCUAGUGAUAGAUUUGUAAAUUAUCAGUCAUGUCAUCAACGAUCAAUCAAGAGAAAUUUAAUUAGUAAUAUGACUGAAAGAAUCAUUACAACAACUAAAGAUAUUAUUAUCGGCAAAUGGAUGAUUUGA